CAAAACAAUAUUUUGCAGUGAUUGCUCAAGUGAAACGCGUUACCGUCAUUCAACCACUAUCGCACUCCGAUCUACAUCAUACAUAGUUAGAUAUCCUAUAGGCGGUCACUUACACUCAAAGUUUUGGUACAAGAUGCUGUUAAUUACCAAGUUAUGGAUCAUGUUUUGGCUUCUUGAAACAACUUUACAACAAGGAGCGGAUGACAGCUGCUCUGAUAGAUGCAGAAAAUACGACCCUGCCAAACCUUGCCAAUGCGAUGAUCUAUGCGCAAGUGCCAAUGUAGAAGACUGUUGCUCCGACUAUACCUUGUUAUGUCUCGAACUUAGCAUUACUUGUCCUGCUGAUAAACAUAAGACGAUUGCUUCUGGCACAACUGACAGGAGAGUGACAUGGGAACCAGCUGUGGCCAAUUACCAGAUAGCUACUCCAGCAGGCCUAAGUCCCAUUACUAUUGAAGGCACAAUGAGCCCAGGCGACCACUUUCCAGUUGGAUCAACCAUAGUAUACUACACUGCCAUCGAUGUAAAUGGCAGGACUAAGAACUGUUCGUUCACUGUUACGAUCGAAGUGGAUUAUUGCAAGAACAUCACUUGCCAACAAAAUGGAACGUGUGUGAGCGGAGAGAAGAACUUUACGUGCACGUGCCCUAAAGGAUGGGGUGGCCAGUACUGUCACCAAGACGUAGAAGGACCCACCAUUAUAUCUUGUCCGUCAACUGUUAUGAGCAAUAAUGAACCGGGUUUAAACUCCAGCGCUGUAACAUGGCAGCCUCCAGUAUUCACUGACAACACUGGACAACAGCAUAUUACGAUGAACUCCACUCACCAACCUGAAGACACAUUUUACAUUGGAUCGACUAAGGUGCGAUACGAUGCGUACGAUUUAUCCGGCAACAUUGGGUCAUGUGUGUUUGAUGUUGUCAUUCACGAUUCUGAACCACCCAAGGUAAAAAAUUGCACGAGCACGCCAAUUACUGCUUACGUUAAAGAAGGUAGAAACAAGGCGCAUGUUAACUGGCCCACACCAGUGUUUUCCGACAAUUCUGGAAUCGUGAACGUACAUCACACGUCAAAUCCUGGCAGCGUAUUCAAGAUAGGCGUUUCCAGGGUGAUAUACAACGCCACAGACGAUGCUGGACAUGUCACCACGUGCUUUAUUCUCAUUGAAGUCUAUGAUCUCAUUCCACCAGCUUUUACUCUAUGCCCACCAAACGUUUCUCUGCCUACCGCAACUAUCACAGAUGCGCAUUCGGUGACUUGGGAAGAACCGACAGCAAUAGAUAAUGAUGGAAUUGCCAUGGAAACGCUAAACUCUACGCACAUAUCUGGUGAAGAUUUUUUUGUCUGGAUCGAAAAUGUUAAGUACAUUGUAGAAGAUUUUUCUGGUAAUAAGGCGAUGUGCUCAUUCACCGUUGAAGUCUACGUUGGUUGUCCAGCCAUAGACGUAGGUUUAUAUUCUUUUCCAAAUACAAGAAGUGGAGAAAUCGCUUCAUCAUCUACCUUGUGCCCAUUCUAUGCUAAAUAUGGCGGUCAUCCAAUGGCGACUAAAUCAUGUAUUGGAAAUGACGAAAGCGCUGAAUGGUCAGAAGGUGAGAUUGUAACGGACUGUUUUGGCGAAGAAAAUGUAGAUGAUCAAUUGAAACGACUCAGUGAGAUUACAGUAGAUGAAUCAAAUGUUGGCGAAGUAUCCACCUUGGUCGAAGGUCUAACUUCGGGCUUAGAUACGAUUUCUGCGGAUGCGUUAGACUCAAUUGCUGAUGUAUUGGAUAGUGUUGUUUCUGUUGGCUCGGCAUCAGUCGAGGUAACUUCUUCUGUCUCAGCUUCAGUCGGUAAUAUUCUUGGAGCUAAAGCGGAUGACGGAAAUUCAGUAGGUUUCCCACCAGCGGCUGCGUCAAAAGUAGUAACGUCAUUAGAAGCGCAAGUAUCGCUUGCUGUUGGUGACGGCAGUGCAUUUGAUUACUCCAGCGAAGAACUUGAUGUACAAGCAUUUAACGUUGGUAGCAGUGACUUCUCAGACGGCCUUACCUUAGGCGUUUCCAAAAGCGGUAAGAGAAGGCGAGGCUUGUUUCGUGACAAUCAACAUCAAUCGGAUAUCACAAUUACGUUACCUGCGGAAAUAGGAUCAUUGGGAGGGGAUAACCUUUCACUGAAUCACAUAGUAUACCAGAAUGACAAACUAUUUGUAUCAGACGACGACGAAAACAAGCAUAAAACUCUUCACAGUAGCGUAGCUUCUGCGUCCGUCGUUGGGGUUGAUGUUAAGGACCUCAGUGAACCGGUAGUGAUUGUCUUCAGAAGACCAAAGACUGACCUGGUCACACGGAAUAUCACACACUGUGUAUACUGGAAUUUCAAUCUCAGAAAUGGUGUCGGUGAUUGGGCUGAGGAUGGUUGUGAACUUGUAAAUGUGCUUGACGAUGGCAGUGUCGAGUGUCACUGUAACCAUUUAACUAAUUUCGCUGUUCUUAUGGUAUGCUUAUUUUAUAAGAUUAAUUAUUAUUUGUCAAUUAGACAUAAAAUCCAUAUGUUUAACGUGUAUUCGUUUAAGAUUUAUUAUUUUUUUAACAGACGUUUGCGAGUGAAGCGCCACCAUAAAAUAUUGAUUAACAUCAGCAUUUCGCUGACCUGUCUUUACCUAACAUUUAUCGGAAGUCUAUUUGUCAAUAAAAUCAAAUGGCUAUGCACUCUGUGUGCGGUUCUUCUGCACUACUUUGUGCUUUCGAGUCUGCUGUGGAUGGCAACUGAAGCUCUUGGAAUGUACUACAAUUUGAUCAAGGUGUUCAACUCUCAUAUUUCUCAUUUCUUGCUGAAAGCUUGCUUAGUUUCAUGGGGCACACCGGCAAUCAUCAUUGGAGUGAUAUUGGCUAUCGAUAGAGGGCAGUAUGUAAACAAUUCAUAUUGUUUUUUAAUUCCUGGUUAUGGGCUAUACUUUGGAUUACUUAUGAUGAUCGCGAUAAUUCUACUAUUCAACUUUGUUGUUUAUGUUCUGGUAAUGAAGGAGUUGUUCGGCGCUCGUAUGAAACCAUCUAGCCAGGCUACAGAGAAAGGAAAGCAAACUAACAAAACAAUCAGAAAACUGCAAAACGCGUUUGCCGUCUCUAUCCUGCUAGGCCUAACCUGGGCCUUCGGCUUCCUUUCCAUGGCUUCCCCAGCCUCAAUAGUGUUUGAGGUUCUCUUCUGCAUUUUUAAUUCUUUUCAGGGUUUAAUUAUCUUCAUAUUUUUCUGUCUGAGAAAUCAAGAGAUUCGAAACACAUGGAAGGCGAAGAUUCUAUACGGAUCAGACCGAUAUUUAAAUUCAGCAUUCCACAGUUCGCAGCGAACCAAGCAAUCUGUAAUACAGAAGUAUGACACAACAAUUACGGAUAACUCCACCUCUCAAAAUUUUAGACGCUCUUCUAUCGUAGAGCUCGAUAAAGUAAGUGAUGCAAUCAAGGCAACGAAACAGAACAAUAAUUGUUGAGGGUGGUGAGUUGAUUUCGAAGUAUAUUUGGCCUUAUUACUUUUAUAAAGAAAAAAAAACAGUGAUACUAAGAUACUGUAUACCUCAUUGAUAAAAGAACCUAUCAAUAAGGAAAUCUGCUGUAGUAGCAUUGUGAAAACGCAUAAUUAAUCAAACUCUUGUGUUUGCAAAUAAUAGGAUCACACUGUAAUUUUCCUAAAUGAUCGUGUCAUCCUGGUAUGACAUGUAGGCCUAAUUAAAUAAAUAAAUAAAUAAAAUAAUAAAUACGCUGUCUAAAAUAGAACGACAUUUUAAGAGAUAUGUAUCGAUUAUACAAUGUUGACAUCAAUGGUAGUACGUACACAAACAUGAGUUUUGUUAUAAGUUAAUGCACUAUGCUAGAUUUAAGUACAGAACAGUAGUUACAGAAUGCACCGAUGUAGUGAUAAUUGUGGGCUCAAUAUCAAAUAACUAAUAGAAUCAGAAGAGUAAGCCAUGAUUGUGUAUAAGCAUUGGCCUUCGAAAUACAGUAGUCAAGCACAGUAAAAACUACUGCACGAGGGCGCUAAUGAAGAAGUUUAUUUUCUAAAGUGGUCGUGCUAGUUAUUUCCUAAUGCCAUUAGUUGCCAUUUGAAUGAUAUUUAUGCAAGGAAAAAAUUAUUUAUGAUUAAUUAACGGAAGUCUGUGCUGUGUUCAGUUGCCUAAUGUUAUGAAUGUUACAUCGAAGGCUCUUAAAACCUGUUAUCGUGUGUAUAUUAGAAUUAAGAUUGCUAUAUUUUUUGCUUAUGCAUUGUAAAAUAAUUGUAAAUGUCUAACGUAUGUUUAUGAAAUAUAAAUGUGUAAAAAUACCUAAUUUUAAUGAAACAUUGAAGUGAAUAUAUUGAAACGAUGUUACUUAUGGUAAAAUUAGAGUUGUUAAUGUAGUUUAAACUAUGAUUUAAAUGUGCCUUUUUAUUGAAGUUUUUUUUUUAUAUGUCUACUCGUUAAAAAAAGGACCUAUAUGUCCAGAACGGUUUGCAAUAUAUUUAUUGAUGGUGAUCUGAGACCUGAUCAUUCAGGAACCUCAAUAAUCAAGUCCCGUCCCUUUUUACAGUCCAUGACACUUGGUAUGGUAAUGUAUAAGCAUGGUACUAUGGAAUCAUAAGGAUUAGGAUCACACAGAUCAAAGCAAUUUGGCUUUCAGUAGUGAUUUUCCAUUUGCUACAAAAAUGUUUAAAUGUAUUACCAGUACAAGUUACAAGCCCAUUUGGUGGUAUAAGCAUGGAAUUAUUAGUAAUAACUUAAUGAUAUAAUCGAGGAUAUUCGUCUGUUAAUUUUUUUUUUCUUUAACCAUUGUCAUAAAGGGUGUUGGUCGACCUAGUGGUGGAUUACCCUGUCUAUGUCCCAUCACAAACCGAUACGCCUGCGGGGUAUGGCGCCUUUUUAGAAGGAAAAAUGGUAAUUCAGAUACGUAUCACAUCACACAGAUGCGUCUCUGACGUGAUCAGAAAUUAAUCUCUAUUAAAUAAUCUCUAAUCUAAUACCCCAUAGUAAUAAUACUUUAGCGCUCCACGCGGGUUCGCCCAGCGCCCUUAGUUUAAAGAUCCGGGAACAGUAACUAUUUAGUCCCCAGGCUGUCAUUAGUCAGCGUAGUUUGCGGAAAGUGGAGAUAUUUUGUUAGUCAUGAGGGAAAAAAAAGGCCUGUGCUGUUACAGGAUUUGAACACAUGACCCUAGUUCCAUUACAACGUAUUGGCGAGAAUUAUAAAAAAAAAUUUUAUGUUAUUUUUAAGUAAACGCUAAUAACUUAACGUUAAAUAUAGUUCUAUACCGCGUGCAGUUGUAUUUAAGUGUUACAUUUAUAGCUUAUCACAGAAACCAUGCUUUUAACAUAAAUUAAACCUGUAAAUAAAUAGAACUGAAUGUACAAAUCAA